CUGAAGCUGUCAAAUCGCUCGGGCGUGUCAACUGCUUACAAUUGCAGUAAUUAUUUUUUAUAAUAAAAAUAGCCGGUUUUAUCAAUAAAUUAGAUUCAAAUAAAAUUGAAAUCUAUUCAAACAGGCACAAUGGAUGACCAGGGAAGAAAAGUAAUCGUCUGCGACAACGGCACCGGUUUCGUGAAAUGUGGCUACGCAGGGAGUAACUUCCCUGCCUUCAUAUUCCCGUCCAUGGUUGGCAGGCCAAUCAUUCGGGCAGAGAAUAAAAUUGGUGAUAUUGAUGUCAAGGAUAUAUGUAUUGGAGAUCUGAUGGUGGGAGAUGAGGCGUCUCAACUCAGAUCAAUGUUGGAAGUUAGCUAUCCCAUGGAGAACGGAGUGGUGCGCAACUGGGAGGACAUGUGCCACGUGUGGGACUACACGUUCGGACCGAGCAAGAUGAAUGUGGAGCCGAGCGAAACAAAAAUCCUUUUAACUGAGCCGCCGAUGAAUCCGACCAAGAAUCGGGAGAAAAUGAUCGAGGUUAUGUUCGAGAAGUACGGGUUCGACAGCGCCUACAUCGCGAUACAAGCCGUGCUAACCCUGUACGCUCAAGGGUUGAUCUCGGGUGUGGUGGUCGACUCAGGCGACGGUGUGACCCACAUCUGUCCAGUUUAUGAAGAGUUCGCGUUGCCUCACUUGACGAGAAGGCUGGAUAUCGCCGGCAGAGACAUCACCAGGUACCUGAUCAAGUUGCUAUUACUUCGCGGCUACGCCUUCAACCACUCGGCCGACUUCGAAACAGUACGCAUGAUGAAGGAAAAGCUUUGCUACAUUGGAUACAACAUUGAACAAGAGCAGAAACUCGCGUGGGAAACCACCGUGCUUGUUGAACCUUAUGUUUUGCCCGACGGGCGAGUGAUAAAAGUUGGCGGGGAGCGGUUCGAGGCGCCCGAGGCUCUGUUCCAGCCGCACCUCAUCAACGUGGAGGGCCAGGGCAUAGCCGAGUUGGUGUUCAACACUAUUCAGGCGGCGGACAUAGACAUGCGCAAUGAGCUGUACAAGCACAUAGUGCUGUCGGGGGGCUCCACCAUGUACCCGGGGCUGCCGUCGCGGCUCGAGCGCGAGCUCACGCAGCUCUACCUCGAGCGCGUCUGCCGCAACGACUCCGACAAACUGGCCAAAUUCAAGAUCCGCAUAGAGGACCCGCCGCGGCGCAAGGACAUGGUGUUCAUCGGCGGCGCCGUGCUGGCCGAGGUCUGCAAGAACAGGGACAACUUCUGGCUCUCCAGGAAGGAGUACCAGGAACAGGGGCUGUCCUGCCUAAGGAAAUUAGGUCCGAGAUCGAGUUAAGUAAAAAAUGUCUGUAUAGAACUGAAAAUAUAUUUACUUUUAAGAGCGAAUUCAAUGACUGUAUAAGACAUUUUUUUUAUAAAUUCCUAUUUAUAAGUUGUAAAUGUGUACCAAUAAAUAAUAGAAUCUUUUUAAUAGACAUGUUUCCAUACUUAAUUAUUAUUAAAUGAAUAAAACGGUAUUAUUUCUAUGCAAUUGGUCGAGUCGCUGUUUGUAUGAUAAUUGUGAUGCGAGCGAAUGGUAAAUAAAUAUAUCCUGAUUCA